GCGAGGAGUGGGGGGCGGGGCUCGGCCUGGCCACCGCCAUUUUGGUGGGAGAGAAACAAUAGGACGGAAGCGCUGCGGGACCGGGCCGAGGCCGCAGUUUCAUAGGUGACACACAAGUACACUGUAUACCAGCCCUGUAUCUGUCUGAGCAGUGGAAUGUGCCAGGAAGGAGCAGCCACUGACUGAAGAACCUUAGCCAGUCUCCCUUGCAAGACGGAUGCCAGAGCCUUCUGUAAGCUCCUGAGAUGUCACUGGUAUCUAGGCAACAGGGAUGAGCCUUAGCCUCCCUGAGGCCAGCUUGCUGAGAGAGUCCUGGCCCGAACAAGCCAAGAAGCCGAGACCAGUCAGACCCAGGGGCAGACAACAGGGAGAGGACGUGCUGGCUGCUGGACCCUGCCACUGCCCCCUUCUCCCUGCCGUCUGCACCCGGAGGAUGAGCCCAGCCUUCAGGGCCAUGGACAUGGAGCCCCGCGCCAAGGGUGUCCUGCUGGAGCCCUUUGUCCACCAGGUCGGGGGGCACUCGUGCGUGCUCCGCUUCAAUGAGACAACCCUGUGCAAGCCCCUGGUCCCGAGGGAACAUCAGUUCUACGAGACCCUCCCAGCCGAGAUGCGCAAAUUUACUCCCCAAUACAAAGGUGUAGUAUCUGUACGCUUUGAAGAAGAUAAAGACAGGAACUUGUGUUUAAUAGCAUAUCCACUAAAAGGGGACCAUGGAACUGUGGACAUUGUAGAUAAUUCAGACUGUGAACCAAAAAGUAAGCUCCUAAGGUGGGCAAACAAAAAACAUCACAUCCUAGAAACAGAAAAGACCCCCAAGGACUGGGUGCGCCAGCACCGGAAAGAGGAGAAGAUGAAGAGCCAUAAGUUAGAAGAAGAAUUUGAGUGGCUAAAGAAAUCUGAAGUCUUGUACUACAGUGUAGAGAAAAAGGGUAAUAUAAGUUCCCAACUUAAACACUAUAACCCUUGGAGUAUGAAGUGUCACCAGCAACAGUUGCAGAGAAUGAAGGAGAACGCAAAGCAUCGGAACCAGUACAAAUUUAUCUUAUUGGAGAACCUGACUUCCCGCUAUGAGGUGCCUUGUGUCCUUGACCUCAAGAUGGGCACACGUCAACAUGGUGAUGAUGCUUCAGAGGAGAAGGCAGCCAACCAGAUCCGAAAAUGUCAGCAGAGCACAUCUGCAGUCAUUGGCGUGCGUGUGUGUGGUAUGCAGGUGUACCAGGCAGGCAGUGGACAGCUGAUGUUCAUGAACAAGUACCAUGGGCGGAAGCUGUCAGUGCAGGGCUUCAAGGAGGCACUUUUCCAGUUUUUCCACAAUGGGCGGUACCUGCGCCGUGAACUCCUGAGCCCUGUGCUCAAGAAGCUGGCUGAGCUGAAGACGGUGUUAGAGCGACAGGAGUCCUACCGCUUCUACUCAAGCUCCCUGCUGGUCAUCUAUGAUGGCAAGGAGCGGCCUGAAGUGGCCCUGGACUCAGAUGCUGAGGACUUGGAGGACCUGUCAGAGGAGUCAGCGGAUGAGUCUGCUGGUGCCUAUGCCUACAAGCCCGUUGGUGCCAGCUCAGUAGAUGUGCGCAUGAUCGACUUUGCACACACCACCUGCAGGCUGUAUGGCGAGGACACCGUGGUGCACGAGGGCCAGGAUGCUGGCUAUAUCUUUGGGCUUCAGAGCCUGAUAGACAUUGUCACAGAGAUAAGUGAGGAGAGUGGGGAAUGAGCUUGCUGACUGCUCCAGUACUUGAGAGACUCUCUUGUGUCCCAGGCACAGCUGUGCUGCGUCGGGGAGGAGGCCAGUAUGGCCAGGUGGUGGCCCCUGCAGCCUGGAGCUGAUGUGUAGUGGCCUGUGUGAGCCCCAGCCUGAGCCAGCCCCAGCUGUGCUUGGAGUCUUUAUUUAUUUUAACUAUUUCUUCAACAUUCCAUGUUUGAUGAUGCAAAUACCUCUUUCUUCCCUGAGUGUAUAUGUUCUAAUACAAAUCUUUUUGUUUAUUGUA